AGCAAGCAACUCAAUUUUCUGUUAAAGAAUACGAGAUAAAGACAGCUGAAGCAACCAUAAGACGGCGCAAAUGAACAGUCCCUAACAAGUCUCACAUCACGAACGUGAAAAGGAGCACGUGAGUUUCUUGUCCCAAGAAUUUUCGGCCUUCAUAUGUUAAUGUUUGGUUUUUCCCGGUUCACACGUAUAGCGUAACAAAGAAAAAUAACAGACAAAGAACCGAUCACCAAACAACUGUACAAGAAAAGGGAGAAAAGCGAAAUAAAAAUAAAAAAAAACACAGGGUUCAUAGCCAAACAGAAAACGGGCAUGGACCGAGUUUGGUACGUAUCUCACUCAACCUCUAUUCAAUUCUCAAUUCGCCUUUUGGGUUUUUGAUUCUUAUCGAAAUCUCAAAUGGGUGGAAAUAGGGUUUCGGGAUCAGGGUUUUAGGUUUUUUAUCGAGGAGCUGUGAUUUGCCAUCUGGGUUUGAUUGGAAGUUGAGAUUUUGAUGACAUAUAAAAAUUUGUUUUAGCAUUUGUCUUUGGAUGCUGGUAUUUUCUUGAGUGAAAUUGAGGAAAUUGGAGUGGAAGAUGAUGCUCAAUCAAGAUUAUGCUCGUGACGACACCUUAGAGCUAAAGGCUCUUAUUGUAAGAAAGGUUGGACAUCAAAGAGCAGAGAAGUACUUUGAUCAGCUAAGAAGGUUGUUUAGUUUGAAGAUUAGCAAGUGUGAAUUUGAUAAGUCUUGCAUUAAGACCAUCGGGAAGGAAAAUAUCCGACUUCACAACCGGCUUAUUAGAUCCAUUAUCAAGAAUGCCUGCAUCUCUAGAGUUCCACCAUUAAAAACUAUUAGGAAAGUAGGAAGUAACCAUCAAGUUGGAAAUGGUUAUCAUCGUAAUCGUCUUCAGUCACUUUAUGGGGAUGCAUUUCCUCCUUCGCCUCGCAAAGGUAGGUCUCCUGUCAAUUGGGAUAAAAAGUUUCGGGACCGCCCUAGUCCACUAGGGCCACUUGGAAAGCCACAAAAUGUUGUACACGAAGAGUCAGUUUCCAAGGCACAAGAGCAGAGUGCAACUGAAUUGCUUUCACUUGGGAGCAGACCUCCUGCUGAAGUUGCAUCUGUGGAAGACGGGGAAGAGGUUGAGCAGGUGGCUGGAAGCCCAGGUGUUCAGAGUAAAAGUCCAGUUACUGCUCCUCUUGGUUUCUCCAUAAAUUUUGGUGGAUCUCGCAAAUCUCUUUCUAAUGCUUUCUCAUGCAGUAAUUACCACUUAGAGAGCUGUCAAAAUAAAGGUGAGCUACCUGAUACAAGAUCACUAAGAAGUCGUUUGCAGAAGAAGUUGGAGAUGGAGGGAAUUAAUAUUUCUGUGGAUUGUGUUAACCUACUGAAUAAUGGCUUGGAUGCGUACGUGAAAAGAUUGAUUGAGGCCUGUGUAAGAUUGGCUGGGUUAAGGUCUGGAAUUUUACCUCGACAUCUCAUGCAAGAAUCAGCAAAAUCUUUUUAUGCAUCCGUGUUGGACUUUCGAGCUGCAAUGGAACUGAAUCCGCAGGUACUUGGAGAAGAUUGGGCUAUGCAGCUUGAGAAAAUUAGUCUUAGCUCUUGUGAAGAUUGAGGAGAACUUGGUUCUCAUAAACCAGCAAUAUAGCAGAUUAGGAAAUUAUCAAUAUGGCUUCAUGUUUACAAUGAGUAUAUGAUUCAGUCUUUUUGGGUCAAAUUUAUACCCUUACAGCCUUGAAUUUUGAUCUCGUCUUCUGCAGCUCUACCAACAUCGCCAGAGGAUUUUUUUUUUUCGAGAAGAA